GGAGCCUACUUCCGGCUCGGCUGUUUGUUUGUGUCCGGAAGGGCCUUCCAGGGCUGAAGUGGAGCGUUGAGCGCUGCCUCCCAGAUCCACCAUACAAUGGUUCAUAGAUAAAAGUAGUCAAAUCUUUGACGUAGAGGCUAUUGAGCUGUGAAAAUGAACCCAAAUACUCCUUUCAGUGGACAGCAACCUGGAGGUUUCCAACUGCCACCUCAGCCUGCAACUGGAAUGUUUCCUGCUCAGCCAUCAUUCCAGUUUGGUCAACCACCUAUUUUUGGGAAAAACACAGGUAGUGGAGUAUUGCUGAAGAAUCCUGGAUUUACUCACCUACCUGAUUUUACAGUAACAACAGGAGUUCGUAGUUCUUUGGGUUUGGGGCAGACUCCUGGAUUUGCACAGUCUUAUACUGCUGCACAGACCACGUCCUUUGUGACUUCUGCCCCAACUUACUCUUCUGUUCCUAGCAAGCAAGCAUUCAGUUUUAAACCACCUACAGCUCUUGGGCCUUCUCACACUCCUCCUAACUUUGGAGCUACAUCUACAGAAACUUCAGGCAGUGGUUUUGUGGGCCCAGAUUUCAGCUUCAAAACCCCGGAGAAUGCAGUAUUCAAACCUAUUUUUGGAACUGGUUCAGGACAAGAAAAAUUGGCAAACACAGGAAACCAACCUUCUUUCACAUUUUCCUCUCCAAGUACUAGUGGAUCUGGAAGACUAGCUCCCUUUGCCAUCUCUCAAGCAGGCAGCAGCGCAGCCAGUACAAGCUAUAGUUUUUCAAAACCACUAAGCAGCAAUACUUCAGCAUCUUCAUUCGGUGUUGCUUUACCAAGCAAGACUACAGAGGAUGACAAAAAAAGACCUGCAGUAUUCUUUGCAAGCCCUAGUAGUAGUUUUACCUCCUUUUCAAACUCCUCUACUGGGUCUCUAGUGGAUCCUUUCCAAAUGAAUAAAUCAGCCAAGCUGCAGCAUGAAGAAAUUGUUGCACCAAGUGAGCCACAUUCUCUCUUUGGAAAGGGAACAAAGCGGAAAGAAGAGCAAGAACCUUUUCCAAGACGACAUGAAUAUGAUGGUGUGGAUGAGCCAGAACUUCUAUCAAAAAGUGACCAUUCUCCCAAUAAGCGACCUGUCAGGCUGAAUCGACCUAUACGAGGUUUGUUUGACAGAACAUUGCUAGAUGUAUUGAAAAGCAAUAAGAAAGAGUCAAAAAUGGAGAAAGUUCCUGCAGAAUCUGGAGAAAUGGAGCAAGCAGGUGCAGUAGGGGAAAGCCAGACUGGUUUCGCCAUGGCUAGAGCAGUAGUAGCAACACCAAGAAAGGAAGAAAGUAAGGUCAAAUUCAAGGAGGGUACUGCUAGCCCAAAUCCUUUGCGUAGAAAUCGGAACAGUGGAAGUACAGAGAGCCUUGGAGGACUGCCUCCAAAUGAACUGAUAACCUUCCAGUGCAAAAAUAUUCCUGACUUUCUAAAUGACAGAACCGUUCUUGAGAAACACUUCAAGAAGUUUAUUGAUGUCCAACGUGUCCGUACCAUCCGAAAUAAAAAGCUGGCUAUUGUAUACUGCUAUGAUCAUGCAUCUGCUCUUUUAGCCAGAAAGAAGGCAAAAGACCUACACAAAGACAUAGUGACAUUUUGGCAUAAGAAAAAAACAAGUCCUAAUAAGAAAGAUUAUCCCUCCACGGAAGAGACGGCAAAUGAAAGCAGUGGGAGACGUAGCAGUGACCAGUUGAGUCAUCAGGUUUCUAUCCGUGGCAAAGCCUUGCUCCGUUCUGCUGGUAGCGGAAACCUGUCAACUAAGAGUUCUCCAGUUAAGAAACCUGGCCUUAAAAAGGCUCUGCAAUUUGAGGCGUAUGCCUUUGAUUCUAUACCUGAAGUACACAGCUCCGAGAAUGUGGAGGUAUCUCCAGCGUCCUCCAGCAGCCUUAUCGGCAUGGUGGCAGAGACCUCUGAAGAUAAAUACCGUCUUCUAGACCAGAGAGAUAAAAUCAUGCGGCAAGCCCGAGUAAAACAAAUAGACCUUGGGAAAGCGAAAACCUUUGUUGGCACAUGUCCAGACAUGUGUCCAGAGAAAGAGCGUUAUAUGAGAGAAACAAGGAACCAGCUUAGUUUCUUUGAAGUGAUUCCAGGAACUGACAAGGUUGAUCAUGCUGCAGCAGUAAAGGAAUACAGCAGGUCCUCAGCAGACCAGGAGGAGCCUUUGCCACAUGAACUGAGGCCUUCUGAGGUGUUGAGUAUGACCAUGGAUUACUUAGUAACUCAAAUCAUGGACAAAGGAGAAGGAAACUAUCGGGAAUGGUAUGAUUUUGUGUGGAACAGAACCCGUGGCAUAAGAAAGGAUAUAACCCAGCAACAUCUCUGCUGUCCUCUGACAGUUUCCUUGAUUGAGAAAUGUACCCGUUUUCACAUCCACUGUUCUCAUCACUUAUGCGAAGAGCCUAUGUCGUCUUUUGAUGCAAAGAUCAACAAUGAAAACAUGACCAAAUGUCUUCAAAGCCUGAAGGAAAUGUACCAGGACCUUGCCAAUAAGGGCAUUUACUGCAAGAGUGAAGCAGAAUUCAGAGGGUAUAAUGUCCUCCUGAACCUCAACAAUGGGGAUAUUCUAAGAGAAGUGCAACAGUUUCGUCCUGAAGUCCGCAACUCUGCUGAAGUUAGAUUUGCGGUUCAAACCUUUGCUGCGUUAAAUAGCAAUAAUUUCGUCAGGUUUUUCAAACUUGUCCAGAAAGCAUCUUACCUGAAUGCUUGCUUGUUGCAUUGCUACUUCAGUCAGAUUCGCAGAGAUGCUCUAAAGUCUCUCAAUGUGGCUUAUACUGUGAGCACUCAGAGAGCUACUAUUUUCCCACUGGAUAAUGUGGUCCGCAUGUUACUGUUCAGGCAUUUUGAAGAUGCAAUUGAUUUCAUAAGUUAUUAUGGCUUGAGUGUGUCUGAUGGUUUUGUCGAGUUGAAUCGGUCUGCAUUUUUGGAGCCAGAAAGCUUGCCCAAGCCAAAGAAAUCAGUGUUUGUUGGGCAGAAGCUGACUGUGUCGAUUGGGGAAAUAGUCAAUGGAGGGCCUCUACAACCCAUAAUUCGCCAUGUCCCUGUGUGUAGCUUUAAUGCACAGAACAGAUACACAGGGGAGAAUGCUGGAGUUGAUCCAACCACCAGUAAUCAGAAGGUCAAUGUGGAUGUUACAGAACCAAGAGUGGAAGUUAGUACUAUGGACUCUGAAGUGGUUCAUGCUCUGCCUUCAUCUUUACUCCCACCAGCACCAUUGCCUUCCACUAUGGGAUCUUCCUUUCAGCCUCUUACACAGCCUUUACCUCCACCACCAAAACCUCAGCCUGUUUACAGUGAUAUGGACAUUGCGGAGGUGGUUGAAGAUCUUGUGCAUGAAGUCUUGGAGGCGGAAUCCAGAGAGAUCAGCAAUGCAGGAGCAGCCUAUGUCAAGUCAGCAAUAGGAAUUUCCAGUGUUGCUACAGAUGAACUCAUGUCAGAGGUUAUGCUGGAGAUGUCGAGUGAAACUGCAUCUAUUGUAUUAAAUGCAGAAAGAGAGAGAUUUGAAGAUGAAAAGCGUCAGGCUGAAGAAGAAAGGCAGAGGCAGGAAAAGGAACGGUUCAUAAAAACAUUGAGUGAGUCAAUGGGUGCGAACUUGACUGACGAUGUCAUAAAAGAAAUGAUGCAGGAGAUUUCAACUAUGGAGUUAAAGUGUGCUAAAGAGAAGGACCAGAAAGCACGCAUUGCUCGGUGCUCCAAGGAAGUUUGUGCUGAAAUAAUGGGCACAUUUCUGGAAGAUGAGAUCUUCCAGAGUGCUAAGGAAACCCUGCAGGAACUCCAGUGCUUCUGCAAAUACUUGCAAAGAUGGCGGGAUGCUGUUGUAGCUCGUAAGAAACUGAAGCGUCAGAUGAGAGCAUUCCCAGCAGCCCCAUGUUACAUGGAUCCAAAAGAUGCGUUGAAAGCGCUGUCGCCCAGUGCAGAAUGCCCAAUUACCAGAGAGCACCUGGCUAAAAGGAUUGUAAAUUUGGGACAUGCAGGAAACCUUGGUACCUCCUAUCUCCGGCUUGGAUGGCUCCGGAACAAUACAGUCCAUCAAAUGAAAGUACAGCAUUUUUACCAGCAGUUGUUACGGGAUGCAGUGUGGACUCCACUGGAUCUGCCAACCUUGGUUGCUGAAAACAUUCCAGUGCAACAAGAAAAGGUCUUCUGGAAAGCACUUUUGGUGUUGCCAAGCUAUGAGGAAUAUCCAGCUAAGGAUCCCAGCAGAAUUUUAGCAGAUUGGUUGAAAGCUAAAUUUGGAAUUGAUAAAAAUUUGGAGGAAACAUCGGUGGAAAACGAUGGAAUUAAAACAAUUGCACUACAUACCUCUCUUUGUACUCAAAGGGAUCGGGAUAUCUAUGUCAGUGUGUGUAUUAAGACAACCCAUGGGACACUCAGUACCUCCGAGGUUGAAGACCCAGGGAUCCAGAAAAAGCUUCUUGGAACGAGUGGGCUUAUUCUGUUGCUCUCUCCUCGAGUGAGAAGUGAUGAUGUGGCAGAGGAAGACAUUUAUUGGCUUUCAGCCUUACUUCAGCUGAAACGACUACUUCAAGCAAAACCUUACCAGCCAAUAGUACCUCUGGUGGUUCUUGUCCCAAGUCGUGGAGAUGAGGCUGCAGAGAAAGAAGUAGAGGAAGGGUUGAUGCUGCCAGAUUUGAUUUCGGCUAACCUUAUUUCAGGCUACAAGGUUGUUGAAAUACCAGAUUCUGUGAGUGACUUACAAGGCACCAGAAAGCUCUCUGAAGCAGUGCAGUGGCUGGUUGCUCAGUACCCAUGCUCCAUCAACCUUUGCUGUCAGACGCUCAGGCAGUAUGUGGAAGAUGGCCUGGACCUUCUGUUCAGUCAGCAGUUCUAUCCAGACAUGAAGGAAAGAUACAUAGCAGGCUUGUGUGCCCAGGACCCCAGUGCUAUAAUAGAUCUGUACAACAAUGCAGUGCAGUUCUUAGCGGAGGUUGUCUCUUCAGAAGAUCUCUGUGACUUCUCCUGGCCUGUGAUUGAAUUUGCAGAACCUGGGGGUAGCAAGCUGCUCCCACAUCUCCAGUGGAACAUGCCCAAACACUUGGCUUGGCUGAGAAAAGCUGUGCUGUCCUUCCAGAUCCCCCACAUGGAUCUUCCUCCUUCAGGCGCUCCGUGGCACCUUGUUUGUGCUAUGAUCUUCCAAUAUGUAUCCCAGACUGCUAGUUCUCCUCAGACUCAGGAAAUCCUUCAGUCUCAAAUGGAGAAUUUGCUGAGCAGGACUUACCUCAAAUGGGAAAAAACGUCUGUACAGUCCAGCGACGAUGGUCCUUCUGUGGAGGAGAUUCCUUGGGACAGUAUGCUGGUACUUUGCAUUAACCAUAAACUGAGAGACUGGAAACCCCCUUGCCUGCCAGUUGCACCAGAAGCAGUGAAUGAAGAUGGUCAGAUACAAGUAUAUUUCUUUAAGGAACACUUGGAAAGAUUCAGUUCUCCUUUUUCAUGGGAAGAAGCAAGAUUAAAAACACAGAAAAUGAGCCAGCAAAGUCAGGGAAGGUCCAAAAUAAAGACAUCGUCUUUUGCAAAGCUGCAUUCACCGUCAUUGUCUCCAGCUGAAUGUUGGGCCAGCGAAGGAAAGACAAGGAAUGCAGAUCUGACUAUUCCUAGUGGAGCAGACCUAACAGUGGCUGUUUCAGAAAUAGAUGCUCUUCCUGAGUGCCUUUCCAUCAAGCUGCAGCAGGAGAAAGCAGAGAGCAGAAGGUUUGAGGAGCAACUGCAGCAAUUGCUAGUUGAAGACUCUGAGAUAUUUCAGGAUUCCCCUUCUCUUCCUCUUUACCUUCCUGAAACCCUGGUGUGUGUGCCUCAAAUAAUUCAUCCGCUGGCCAAAACAUCAAUGGCAAGAAGCCCAGAGGCAGGAAAGAAAGAAUUGCCUGAUCCAGACACCUCUCUGUCUCACAGACUUCAAUAUUUGAAACAGCAGAUAAGGGCCAACAAAGAAGAAGAAAUGGCUUGUGAAAUCCACCUGUCUACAUUGUUAGAUGUGACAAAUAUGUGAUCCUGCUUAACCCAAACCUGUAAGAAAGUCCGCAAUGUGUUCCAAAGAGAGAUGAAUCAUCUGGAUCAAAAUUGAUUUGAAAAGCAAGAAAGACUUCUUGAAGUUUUUUGUGACUCCAUUUGAUAAUCCUUUUUUUGCUAAUAUCUUAUAUUAACUGCUCCCUGGUGUUGAAUUUUGUUCUAUGAUUUUGGCGACUUUCCUGUCUGCACUUGCUUGGGAGUAAAAUCUAUUGAACUCAGUAGUAUUCCUUUCAAUUGAGUCUGUAGAAUUGUUUUUGUACUGAAUUCUACAACUUUGAAAGAGUCCGUAGCUGUAAUUAUGCAAUAAAAUUGGGGAAAAAGCUUGUUCCCUGUAUUAUCUCAGGG